AUGACAGAAAUUGCUUCCUCCCCUAACGCAUUUCAUUCGUCACAACCCCCAUCGUCUUUGGGACCGGUAGGGGGGUCUACUGGAUUCAGUGAUUUUUCAGAUAUACGCCAAAGGGAACAACAACGCCAACAGGCGUCCCAAAAUGGACUUCACCGUGAAAAUGGAGAGAUCCCUGCUCCUUUAGAAGCACUGCGGAGAAGAGACCUACAAUCGAUUCCUAAAGUAGUAGAUGUGACUGCUGAAAAAGUUGCAGAGGCUUUUGAACAGUUCUUAGAGUUGUUUUCUGAUGAUUCCAUUGAUCAAGAGGUUCAAGAAGAGAAUAAAUGGGGAGCCCGUAUAUAUUUGUCCCAAUUGGAAGUCAUGCGACAGCACGAUCUGAACACAUUAUAUGUGGAUUACCAGCAUUUGUUGACUCGUGAAAAUGGAGUGUUAGCUAGUGCUAUUACAGAACAGUAUUACAGAUUUCUUCCCCAUUUAUUGAAAGCUCUUCGCAGAGUGAUCAAAAAAAACGUUCCCGGACUUUUAUUAAACUUUGUUACUGGCUUUGAUAGUGAUAACUUUGCUGAAGAACGAAUUUUCCAGAUUGCCUUCUACAACUUGCCUCAAAUCAGUCGAAUUAGAGAGAUUCGUGCCGAUAGAAUUGGUUCUCUUAUAUCAAUCUCCGGGACCGUUACGCGUACUUCCGAAGUGCGUCCUGAAUUGUAUCUUGGAGGCUUUACAUGUGAUGUUUGUAAAGCAUCAGUGACUGGAAUCGAACAAGUUUUCAAGUUUACGGAGCCGACAAGUUGUCCCACUUUGAACUGUGAGAAUCAGUCUCUUUGGACGCUGGACGUCACCCGAUCCAUUUUCAUGGAUUGGCAAAAGGUACGGAUUCAAGAAAACUCCAAUGAAAUACCAACCGGUUCCAUGCCAAGAACUCUCGAUGUUAUCCUCCGUGGUGAUAUUGUUGAACGAGCCAAACCUGGUGAUAAAUGUCGUUUUACGGGAACUGAAAUCGUCGUUCCUGAUGUAUCCCAGUUGGGUUUGCCAGGGGUGAAACCUACUUCAACUAAACAGACUAGUGGUGGAAGAGGAACAGAAGGACUAAACUCUGGAGUUAGAGGAUUAAAAGCUUUAGGUUCUCGUGAUUUGACAUACAAGAUUGCCUUCUUGGCUUGUCACGUUAACUCUUUGGUUCACACCAAUAAAGAUUAUGCUGGCAAUGACGAUGAGUUAGAUGAUACCCAGGACCAAGAAGACUUCCUUAAUACAUUGUCCAAAGAGGAAUUGGAAGAAUUGAAACAAAUGGUUCAAGAUGAGCAUAUAUAUGCAAAACUAAUUCAGUCUAUUGCACCCGCAGUUUUCGGUCAUGAAGCCGUAAAGAAAGGUAUUUUGUUACAACUACUUGGCGGUGUCCACAAACAAACUAUUGAUGGUAUAAACCUUAGAGGAGAUAUUAACAUUUGUAUCGUUGGAGAUCCAUCCACUUCCAAAUCUCAGUUUUUGAAAUACGUAUGCAGUUUUGCUCCACGUGCAAUCUAUACUUCAGGAAAGGCCUCCUCUGCUGCUGGUCUGACGGCAGCCGUAGUAAGGGAUGAAGAAACAGGCGAGUUUACCAUCGAAGCCGGUGCUCUUAUGCUGGCGGAUAAUGGAAUUUGUGCCAUUGAUGAAUUUGAUAAGAUGGAUAUAGGUGAUCAGGUUGCCAUUCACGAAGCUAUGGAGCAGCAGACUAUUUCCAUAGCCAAAGCUGGUAUUCACGCCACUCUGAAUGCCAGAACCUCUAUUCUGGCAGCAGCAAAUCCUAUCGGUGGUCGAUACAAUGUUAGACAUGGGUUGAGGAGAAACUUGGCCAUGACUGCACCUAUUAUGUCCCGUUUUGAUUUAUUUUUUGUGAUUUUGGACGAAGUCAACGUUAAUAUAGAUACCCAGUUGGCUGACCAUAUUGUUAAUUUACACAUGAAGAGAGAUGAAGCAAUUAACCCUCCAUUUUCAAAGCAACAAGUACUACGAUACAUCAGAUAUGGUCAGACAUUCAAGCCAAAGAUGAAUAAAGAAGCUAGAGAUUUUCUGGUUAGCAGAUACAAAGAAUUGCGUGCCGACGAUUCUCAAGGAUUGGGAAGAUCAAGUUAUAGGAUCACUGUCAGACAAUUGGAAUCUAUGAUACGUCUAUCCGAAGCGAUUGCUAAAGCAAACUGUACUGAUGAAAUCACCCCAAGAUUUGUUGCCGAAGCCUAUGACUUGCUGCGGCAAUCCAUCAUUAAAGUUGACAAAGAUGAUAUUAAUGUGGAUGAGGAUGACGACGAUGACGACGACGAUGACGACGACGAGCCAAUGGGAGGAGAAUCACCCAGUCAGCAAGACCCCCGUUCUCUAUCUCAAAUUGACGCAGACGCUGCCAAGAAACGUCACCAAACAAUUUCAUACGACAAAUACAUUUCCAUGAUGAAUUUGAUAGUCAGAAAAAUAGGCUCCCAAGAAAACACAAAUCUUGGGGGAGAAGCCGAAUUGGAAGCUGAUGUAGAGAAUCAAGGUGCAGGAUUGAACAAAGAGGAAAUCACUGAUUGGUAUGUUUUACAAAAGGAGGAUGAGCUUCAUACAGAGGAAGAAUAUUGGGCUGAAAGAAAGUUGGUGCACAAGGUUCUCAGUAAAUUGGUACAUGACAAGAUCUUGAUGAAAGUUGCACCCAACGAACAAGAUGUUCAAGAUCUCGAAGACGCUGAUGCAGAGGCUGCGCAAGGUGUUAACUACGUUUACGUUCUACACCCAAAUUGUGCGAUUUUUGACUUCUUUGACCCAAACUAG